AUGGACGGCAGCGACAGCAUUCGCCGUUUGGAGGAACAGUUUGCGAAGCAAACUAAGCUGCUGGAGGAUGUCCAUAUGUUGGUGAAAAUAACAAAUGCGACGCUUGCAAGCAUGACAAGCGUUGACUGCCUUUCCCGUCAGAUGUCACCUUUCCCAGACGACGAGGUCCAGAAAGUAGAAUUAUCUAUCUCUGUAGGCGAAUCCUGGGAUUCUUUGAUGCAGGAUGGGCAGCUUGAUGAUCACCAAAAGAAGGCAGUGAAGAUGCACAAGCAGCUCACUUUGCCGCCCUUGACGUUUGAGGAGCCAAAGCCUCAAAAUUUUUGCGGGAAGAUUGUAUCUUCGAGCAUUUUCUCAAACGGCGUGCAGUUGCUGAUCAUGUUGAACCUCAUCAUUCUGGGCAUCGAGGUGGAUUCUUCUGUGGGCACGCCUUUUGGUAGCGAAUCUCCUGUCUUCGAGGUGGUGAACCAGGUGAUCGUUGUGCUCUUUAUGGGCGAGCUUGUCCUCAAGUGGGCAGCUUAUGGAUGUCGGGAGUUCUUCUGCGGCAAGGAACGCAUUUGGAAUUUGUUUGACUUUGUGAUUGCCGGCUUGUCAUUCAUCGAAACUGCCAUGGAUAUUGUGUCAAAGGCCUUCUUGGAUGUGGGCGAAAUGAAUUCCAGCCAUUUGCGAGUUAUGCGCUUCGCACGGCUGGCACGGGCACUGAGGGGCGUGCGGGUGAUUCGACUGCUUAGAUAUGUCAGCGCCUUGCGAACCAUUGUGUUUUCCAUUGUCAGCACAAUGAGUUCUCUCCUGUGGACAUUGGUCCUUCUUUUGAUGCUGUUUUAUUGCUUCGGAGUGUUCAUCACACAAUUGGUGAGUGAUAAUUGCAGGUAUCUCGCACAGCCAAAUUGCUUAGAAAGCUUCUAUCACUGGAGCUCUGUGGGCCGGAGCAUGUUAACACUCUUUAUGUCCAUCUCCGGUGGCCUCAGCUGGAUCGAAGCUUUAGAGCAGUUGAUGCAGGCACAUCCAUUGGCUGUGGUCAGUAUGCUGGUGUACAUCACAAGUACGAUUUUCGCCGUGUUGAACGUAGUCACCGGAGUGUUCUGCAAUACAGCCAUUGAAAGCGCCCGAGCGGACAAGGACAUUGCCAUCAUGAAGCAAAUGCACAAACAUGAAGCUCAAGUUCAAUCAUUGCGUGAGAUUUUCCAUGAAAUCGACAACCAAAAAUCCAGUGUGGUAAGUUUGAAGCAGCUGAAGGAGGCAUUGCAGAGUCAGAAGUUGGCUUCCUUCAUGCAUUCCAUGGACAUCUCUACCCAGGAUGUUUGGACUCUCUUCAUGGUGAUUGACGCAAACGGAGAUGGGCAAGUGACGCUGGAUGAAUUUGUCUUUGGCUGUAUGCAGCUUCAAGGCCCGGCAAAAGGCUUGCAAAUGGCAAGGAUGAGCUACGAGAACACAAUGAUGAGAGAAGAGAUCAAGAGGCUUCAGUCUGAUUUUCGCAGCAUGAAAGAUACAAUGAACAAAGCCACGCGAGUCCCAAGCCAAAACCGACGAUGGAGAAGCGACUUGCAGAUACCACGGUCGCCAAUUCACUCUGAGAGGCCCUCGGAGCGUGAGGACGCAAAGCUUGCUUGGUGCAAGUCUGGUCUUUUAGGGGCAGGCUCCCAAAAGGAGCGCCAAAGGCGCGACCUAGACAUCCAAUAG